AUAUACUUCGAUGUUGUGUGUGUACACGCGCGCAUGGUAUCGUAUAAGCGAUUUACUGACGAAUAGAACGUGUUGGACGAUUGGAUGUGAAUAUCAAGUUCGAUUUCAGUGACUAUAACGGUUAUUUCAAGAAAAAACUGAAACUUUUAUUUAGAAUAUAGAUUUAAUUAUAUAGAAUGCCAAAAUCAAAGGAAUAUGUCUCAAGUGAUAGUGAUAGCGAUAGUGGACAGGAAGAGCAAGUUAAGAAGAAACAGAAAACAGAAAAGGGAGAAAAACCUGUCGCAAGUAAAAAGCCAAAAAAAGAAACAAAAGAAGUAAAAGCAUCAAAAGAUGAAGAUGACACUGUAUGGGAUUUAGGUAACAAUCGUCAAGUAAAUGUUAGGGAUUUUAAAGGAAAACUUUUUGUGGAUAUAAGAGAAAUGUAUUAUGAUAAAGCAGGAGAUCUGAAACCAGGCAAAAAAGGUAUAUGUUUAAAUAUGACACAAUGGCGUAAGUUUAUGUCAAUUGUGGAAGAGGUUGAUAGAGUUGCGAAAUCAAAAUGUUGAUAAAUUAUUUUUUCAUUGUUGAUUAAAGUCAUCUUACCUGGUUAUAAGAUGUACAUUUUGUGUUUUCUUAUCACAUUAAAAUAUUCUUUGAUAUUAAAUAUAUUUGUUCCCAUAGGAACCUUAGGUUUUUUUUUACAAAAUAAAUAAUGGACAAUUGUUUUGUUUUUGUUUUUUUUUUAUAUAAUUGUCAUUUCAAACAUUAUUAUUAAUAUUAUUUAAAAUACUAUUAUUAAUAUUUCAUGUAUCACACACAAGAAUAAAUAUUAAUAGAUUAAUUAAAUUAUUUUUAAUUUAAGAAAUUAAAUUUUUCUAUUUUAUAUUUCCCUUGUAAUUAUUUUAAAUUACCUAAUUGAAACAAUGAUAUUUAAUAUUAAAAAAAGUUUUGAAAAAUUUUUUAAAUCUAACAAUAAUGUUCGUUAGUGUUUAAUUUUUAAAUGAAUCAGUUCUAUCUUUUCUCUAUACGAUGUGCUCGCAAAAAAUGCGCGGCAAUCAGGUGUAUUUUAUAUACAGUUGAUUUACAUACAAUGGUUAAGAAAUCAUCCAACUAAUGUAAUAAAUUAUUUAAAAUAAACUAACAAUUAUAUUUUUCUA